AUGAGGGCCCGCCGGAGCGGCGCGGAGUCGCGGGGGGCGCAGGACCCGGCGGCGGCGGCGGAGAAGGAGGGGGCGGAGGAGUACGUGGUGGGGCAGGUGGUGGGCAGCCUCUGGCCGGGCGGGGCGCCCGCCGCGCCGCUCGCGCGCCUCUUCAGCGCCGCUGCCGCCCCGCCGGUGCUCGUGGCCGUGACGGGGGAAAAUAAGAAAAGAAAGCGUACAGAAGAAGUGGAGAAAGUGUCAGAAGACCAGAGCUCGUCUGUCAUACAAGAACCUCCUAUAAAAGCAAAGAAAGCCAAAAAGAAGGAACUUUCAAAAGCAGAGAAAAAAUUGGCAAACAGAGAGAGCGCUUUGGAGCAGGCAGAUGAAGAGGAAGAGCAAAAACUGUUUCAAAACAAAGCGAAGCAAAAAAAAGGGGCUUCUCGUGCCAUCACCAAAAGUGUUGUUAAUUCAGAUACAGGCACUACUGUAAAGCAACAAAAGAAAGAAAAGGUGGCUGAUGAAACGGUGAACAGAAGAACAGUAUUUGUUGGAAACUUGCCUGUCACCUGUACUGUGCAGGUGCUGAAAUCUCUUUUUAAAGGGUAUGGACAAAUAAAAUCCAUUCGAUUCCGGUCUUUGGUUCCAGCAGAAGAUACUUUAUCCAAAAAGUUAGCAGCCAUAAAGCAUAAGGUGCACCCUAAUGCGAAGUUCAUUAAUGCUUAUGUUGUAUUUAAGGAAGAAUGUGAUGCCAUUAAGGCUCUAAAGGAAAAUGGAACAGAAAUUGCUAGUGGAUUUCACAUCAGAGUUGACAUUGCAUCAAAAAACAGUUCGCAUGACAAUAAAAGAUCUGUGUUCUUGGGAAAUCUCUCAUAUGACAUCAGUGACGAUGCUGUGCGAGAACACUUUUCUGUCUGUGGAGGUGUAGUAGCAGUGCGAAUUGUGAGAGACAGAAAGACCGGCUUGGGUAAAGGCUUCGGCUAUGUUCUCUUUGAGAAUACGGAUGCUGUACAUCUUGCUCUGAAACUCAACGACUCUGUUCUGAUGGGAAGAAAGAUACGAGUGAAGCGCUGUGGAGAGAAGUGGAAAGCACCACAGAAAAGACCAGAUCAGUCUCGUGCUCCUAAGGACAGAGUUGAUACCACACUGAAAAACAAGAGGUGCUCUAAUGAUUCAUUUGUUGGUGAAAAAGCAAUCCCGUUAAAGAAGAGCACUAAACCAAAAGGACUAAAAACUAUUCCUAGAAAUAAAGCUGGGAAGAACAAACAGUCUUCUGAUAAAAAUCGAACAUAUAAAAGUGCGCAUCGUUACAAAGAUUGAUGUAUACAAGAGUGUUCUGUCAUAAAUUUUGUUUGCUAACACA